CUCUGGUCAUCUCCUGUACUGUGUCCGCAGUCUCUGAUCAUCUCCUGUACUGUGUCCGCAGUCUCUGGUCAUCUCCUGUACUGUGUCCGCAGUCUCUGGUCAUCUCCUGUACUGUGUCCGCAGUCUCUGGUCAUCUCCUGUACUGUGUCCGCAGUCUCUGGUCAUCUCCUGUACUGUGUCCGCAGUCUCUGGUCAUCUCCUGUAUAUGUCCGCAGUCUCUGGUCAUCUCCUGUACUGUGUCCGCAGUCUCUGGUCAUCUCCUGUACCGUGUCCGCAGUCUCUGGUCAUCUCCUGUACUGUGUCCGCAGUCUCUGGUCAUUUCCUGUACUAUGUCUGCAGUCCAUUGGUUCAGAAUAUUUUUUUUCUUGUUUUUCGCCUCUA